AUGAUUGCUGCCCGAAAGAGUGACCUUCCUCAUCCUCACAACGGAAUCUUGUCGCCAUAUAAGCCUGGACCAUUUUUCGCACUACGUCUAGACAAUGCUGAUCAACAAGCCCUCGCAUCUGGAAAGCCUGUUUUGAAGCAGUCGCAGUCCACAGGAGAAGGAGCUGCCGCGGGUGGUGCCAUCUGCGUCCAAGAUAUUCGAGCUCCGAAGGAUCAGGUAUGGGAACAAAUCCUGGGGCUCAAUGCCUACAAAGGAAAGGUUCCGAAAGUUAACGAAUGCACAAACUACUGUGAUAUCACGAACAAAGAUGGGACUCGAAAUAUCAAGACCAAAAUGGUGGUUGGAGUCAUCCCAGGCUAUUCGUUCACCUCAUACUACGAUCACAUAUAUUUGCCAAAAUAUGAUUCUAUGAUAUGGGUACUAGACUACGGCAAAACAAGCGAUUUUGACGAUGUCUCUGGUCACUGGCACUUGGAAGAACAUCCUAAAGAUCCCAAUUGGACCAGAGUCUUUUACGCCUGUGACAUACGGUUGAAAGGCACGGUUCCCAAACCAGUAAUGAACUACUUGAGUCAGUCGGCACUUCGAACUGCGACGGGGUGGGUCAAGAAGGAAUCAGAAAAAUCAUCAAGCCGAGCUGAACAAACGAGUGAAACCGACAUAGAAUCCCCUUCUCCUACCAGUGGAGAAGAACCGAAAGCGCUCCAAUUGUCGGGUGCCGAUAUCCGAGCGUUGUUAUUAGGGAGAACGAUUAAAAAGAAACAUACUCUGAGUCUGAGUAAGCAAGAUAUGAAGACUUUGAGCUCGAAGCAAUUUCUAUCCACGCAAGAAGCAGCUUUCAGUACAAAGUUGGAUCAGUCACCAAGAGCCACAAUUGAAAUGGCGCAAUCAUUGGAACCACCAAAGAUAUCACUACUUGCACGCUGUUUUCUCGUUUUUUGUCUAGGGAUCCUCUCUUUGGAUAUCGUUUUUGCUAUCCUUGCUCUUUUGAAAUGGGAACUAUAA